GCCACCUCUCAAAAAUGCUCCCUUCCACGGAGGCCUUCCUCGCCGGCUUCCGGCCUCCUCCGCCUCGUCCUCGGGUCGUCUCCGCCGCCCGGAGCCUCCCCACCAACCCUUUCUUCUCCGGAAGCAGCAGGCGCCGCAGGAGGCCUUCCUCUUCGGUUGUCUGUAUGGCGGAGCCCUAUCUCAUAGCGAAGUUGGAUUCUGCAGAGAAGGCGUGGAAAGAAAUGUCGGUUAGAUUGGCCGAUCCUGAUAUAGUCUCGGAUCCCAGCGAGUACCAAAAACUUGCACAAUCAGUUGCUGAACUAGACCAGGUUGUGACUACAUACAGGCAGUUUAAGGAUUGUGAGAAGCAAAUUGAAGAAACAAAAGCAUUGAAAAAAGAGAACGAAGAUGACCCAGAUAUGGCAGAAAUGAUCGAUUCAGAGCUAGAGUCUCUAUCUAACCAGCUUGAAGAGCUCGAGGAAAAAUUGAAGUUACUACUGCUUCCUAGCGACCCUCUAGAUGCACGCAACAUCUUACUUGAAGUAAGAGCAGGUGCUGGUGGUGAUGAAGCUGGAAUUUGGGCUGGUGACCUUGUGCGUAUGUAUCAAAAGUACAGUGAGCGCAACUCCUGGAAGUUCAAACCAGUUUCUAGUUCAGAAGCAGAAAAGGGUGGAUACAAAACAUAUGUGAUGGAGGUGAAGGGCAAACAGGUAUACAGUAAACUGAAGUUUGAGUCAGGUGUACACCGUGUUCAGCGUGUGCCCCAGACAGAGACCAUGGGCCGUGUUCACACAUCAACAGCAACUGUAGCUAUUAUGCCGGAGGCUGAUGAAGUUGAUGUAGUUAUAGAUCCGAAAGAUAUUGAACUAAAAACUGCAAGAUCUGGUGGAGCUGGAGGGCAGAAUGUUAACAAGGUGGAAACUGCUGUUGAUCUUAUUCACAAACCCACGGGAAUACGGAUAUUCUGUACAGAAGAAAGGUCACAACUCCAAAAUAGAGAACGCGCGUUUCAAUUGUUGAGAGCAAAACUUUACGAGAUAAAAUUACGGGAGCAGCAGGAAUCUAUAAGAAAUCAGAGGAAGCUGCAGGUUGGAACUGGAGCUCGUUCUGAGAAGAUAAGGACGUACAAUUAUAAGGACAAUAGAGUGACAGAUCACCGGUUGAAGAUGAACUUUGAACUGACUAGUUUCCUAAUGGGAGAUAUCGAGUCGGCUGUGCAGUCCUGCGCUUCAAUGGAGCAGAAGGAACUCCUGGAGGAGAUGGCCACAUCUGUGGGUGCAGCGAAGGUAUGAUCAGCGUGAUUGAUCAUUUCGCAUUCCGUCCACCUGAGUACCAGACCAUCAAAUAGAACUCAUCCAAUGCACACUGUUCAAAGGGUGGUGAUCGAUGAACAAAUAUACAUGAAGUGAAUCUGAAGAUACGAGUAAUGUCAGAAACCACACUGAUGCGUUUGAGUUCCCCUGACAGUUACAAAUUUUGAGUAGUUCGAUAUACGCAGUGUGUACAUCUUAACAGUUGCAUAGCUACAAUAUUCAUUAUGCCCAAUUCAACAUGUUAAUAGAUGAGAAUGAAAUGCGGUGAUUUGUCAAUGUGUUUAAUUGAAAUGAGUUUCUUAAAAUGAUGGUGUAGCAUUAUCUUGCUGGUGCCUGCUAAAACCAAGUCACCUACAAACUUCACCGUGGAACAUAAUGGAAAUGGUUU